CAUAUGGGGAUGCUGCUUAUCUUCAGCCAAACGCACACCCCCUGGAUUCGAUGAGAGAUUUCACAACACCCGCUGCUGAUGGGAUGCACUGUGCUACCACCAGUGCCCACGUUUAGACGACAGCUCCGCACUCCUGCAGAACAAGCCUGUGUGGAAACAGAAGACUUUACUUGUAAGGAGGGACGUGGUGAUUUUUUUAGACGCACUCAUUUGUAACUUAGAGAAUCUCGAGCGUCAUUGUGAUCUUUUGUGUGGGGGAUCGUUUUGGUGCAACGGAGGAGGGGUACCCGGUGGAUACUACUGCUUGCUUUUGCUCAAAAGAAGCGCGCCCGGUUGGAUUUAAGCUGCAGUCCACUUUACGCCAACUGCAUUGCCACAAGGAGAGGGGGGGAAAUGUAUCCUGAAACUAGGCGCCUGUGGCUUUUCGCAUUAACUCUUUGAUGGAUGUGCGGACUUAAAUCCACAAGUGGGGUCGUUCUUUGUGCUUUUAAGCUAUACAUAAUAUCACUUCACAACUACAAUGAGACAACGUGUCGGGAGAGGAAUUGUUGCCCGGAGAAGUGGAGCCACAGAGCAGGACAGUGACUUCCAGAGGAUACCUACAGACGAGUGAAUGCCGUCUCUGAUGUGGAGCUUGUCGCUGUCCGACGCGCGAGUGGUGCUGAAAUUUGGAUGAUGCCUGGCCAGCGACUGCAAGACUGCCGCUCCCUGCACCUCAACGAGGACAACGGCCGCUUCGUUUUGCUCGCCAUCCUCAUUUUAGUGUACCUGCUGUGCGGCGCUGCGGUCUUCUCGGCUAUAGAGAGGCCCUCCGAGCUGCGGGCUCACGGGCGCUGGAACGGGACGCUCCUCAACUUCAGUGAGACCUUCAACAUAAGCCUGCAGGAGCUGAACUCCUUCCUGCGGGAGUACGAGGCUGCCAUCGCCGCCGGAAUCCGGGCUGACGCUCUGAGGCCAAGAUGGGAUUUUACAGGGGCUUUUUAUUUUGUUGGAACUGUGGUGUCGACUAUAGGUUUUGGGAUGACGACACCUGUGACAAUUGCAGGCAAAGUUUUCCUGAUCUUUUACGGGCUUCUGGGCUGUGCCGGAACCAUCCUUUUCUUUAACCUCUUCCUGGAGCGCAUCAUCACACUGCUGGCUGUGGUGAUGAAGGCUGUGAGGGAGAGACGAAUCAGGAACAGCGGCCUACUCCCACCAGGCAUCCGCCAUGACUUCUCAGCCUACUCCCUGCCAGGAUGGAAGCCCUCGGUGUAUCACGUGAUGCUGAUACUUGGCCUGUCAGCCAUCACCAUCUCCUGCUGUGCAUCAGCCAUGUACACGCCCGUUGAGGGCUGGGCUUACUUAGACUCUCUCUACUUCUGCUUUGUCACCUUCAGCACCAUUGGCUUUGGAGACUUUGUCAGCAGCCAGAGCGCGGCUUACGAAUACCAAAGCCUUUACAGGGUGGCCAACUUCUUUUUCAUGCUAAUGGGUGUGUGCUGCAUCUACUCGCUAUUCAAUGUUAUUUCUAUUGUCAUCAAGCAGGUGCUCAAUUGGAUGUUGGAGAAAAUGAGCUGCCUGUUUUGCCAGCGCUGCAAUAACGCUAAUGCUUUCCUGGGCAGACGCAAUGCCAUCCGCCCGGGUUCCAAAGGUCGCCAGCGUCGGUUUGGUCAGCCGCCCGACUCAGACGGACCUUGUGACAGUGACGCAGAGGGCCGCAGAUUAUCGGGGGAGAUGAUCUCCAUGAAAGACCUGGCAGCCUCUAGCAAAGUGUCGCUGGCCAUCAUGCAGAAGCAGCUGUCUGAGUCUGCCAACGGAUAUCCCAGGACAGUAUGCGGCAGCUCACGCCAUAAUGGUUUCUCUGGGGGGGUUGGUGCUCUGGGUAUCAUGAACAACAGACUGGCAGAGACAAGUAACUCCAGGUAGAGGGUGUGGGGGGCACUUUACACUCGUACUGUAAUAAGAACCCAGAGGUUGAUCGCCAUAUAAAAACACAAAAAGUUUUGUCUGAGGUUUUUUUUUUCUCGAAAGGGAUUGCCAGUGUAAUAUCGACAUGCAUGAUACAUAUGAUUUUUUUAAAAAUACUUUUGUUUGGC